AUGAGUAAUGCUAAACUGUAAUAAAAUUGGGAAAAAUUACAAAAAUUAUGUCAACCAGGUCCAAGAUCAUCUUAAAAAAGAAGUUCUAGCAAAGAUCAAAGAUCUAUUCCUAAUUUAUAAUCAAGUAGAUAAUUAUAAAGGAGAGCAUCUCAAUAGGAUUUGGUAUAUAAAGUGGUUGAAUGCAGUACUUAAGAUAUUGAAAAUAAGAAUUCAAAAUAACAACUAGAUUAAUUAUUUAGUGGUUUGAAUGGAUUAUUGGGUUAUGAAUUAAUAAUGAAGAAGGGUAAAUUAGAUGAAUUGUUAAAGAAACUUAAAUUUUUUCUUUACUGUGAUUCUUUAGAAUUGAAGUCACUUUAUUAAAAAUUAGGGGAUUAUAUAAUAAAUCCUAAACUAUGUAAUAAAAGUAAAUAAUUUUAGAUAAUUUAAUUGUGGCUCCUCAAGAGGAAUAGGCAUCAAAGGAGAUGUGUGAAUUACUUAUUUAGGAAUUAUAGUUAUAAAUUAGUAAGAGGAAAUAAAUAGAGUGGAAUUACUAAGCAUUAAAAGAGGUAUUUUUAGAUAAUGAAAAAUAAAGAAAAGGAAAUAAGAAUAAUAAGAAUAACAAGAUGAAAUAGCAGGUUUGAAGUAGGCAAUUGUUUUAUUAGAAUAAUAGAAUCAAACAAUUUAAUAUAAAAUAAGAAAUGACAAUCUUUAUUAAUAAUAUGAGUAUUAUAUUAUCUAUUUUAUAGAGAAUUGAAACGAUUCAAUAAAUCAUUGAGUCAUAAAAACGAUGAUUUAUAUUUUCAGAAUCUAUCUUUAUUAGAGAAACUUCAAUCCGUAUAUAAGUAGGUAGAUGUGUUUUAGACUGAACAAUUAUUAUUUCCUUAUAUGUUCUAGAAAGAGAAGUAUGAUGAAACAUUAUAAUCCAUAAAAAAAAUAGUAGAUGAUAUCAUUAAUCUUGAUAUUUAAAGGCCUCAACAAUUUAUUGAUGUGGAUUACAAAGACAAAGUAACAAAUAUGACUCCAAGGCCAAAUUAUGAACAUUUGAUUUCAAAAUAUAAUACCAAGAGUAUUAAGUAUAUUCGUCAGUUAUAAUCUACUAAUGAUAUUAUUUCAUAUUUGAUAUAGUAAUUGUAUUAAUAUACAUGA